GACGCCGUUGUUCCUCUUUGUGUAGGAUUUCCGAGUAACCAGGAAGGUUGCCGCUUCGAAAAGUGUUUCACAACUUGAACCUUUACUGCUUCGCGUAAAUAGAGUGCGGCCGUCCUGAGGAGCUGCUCACACGAGAGAAUUGUUUGCUUCUGGAUUACAAGGUUUUAACUGUGAACGCCUGAUUUUAAAAGAAGGUGCAGACUCCAGAGGGAGCACUAUACCAUGGAGCAAAGAACAGUGCUGAUCAAAGAAGAUGGUUGUGAGUUGGAGUCUUUUAAUGCCACAGACAAGGUUCUCCACGUGAAACAGGAGGAUUGUGAAUGGGAGACUGAUGACAUGAAAGACCAAGACUUUAAACAACAGCUGGUCACCGUUAAAGUAGAAGUCUCGGAGCUUCUGCAAAAUGAAAACAGUUUGAAGGGGGAUGAGUCUUCAGAGAUUGAGUACAGCAUAGUCACCUGUCCAGAAAUGAAAGAGGAGUUGACCGACUGUGAGUCUGAUCAGGAGACAGAAGAGAUGACGGACUGCGAGUCUGAUCAGGAGUGUUUCUCACAUCAGGAUUCUAUUAAUGUGAAGACUGAAACCUCGGUCUCCGAUGACGAGAUAAUUCAGGUAGUCUGUGGUGGAGAAGAAGAGGAGGAGGAGGAGGAGGAGGAACUAUCCUUACCUGCUGAUCUGCUUGAGAAACAUUGUCAAGAUAAAAGCAGUAACUUCCAGUCUUCGCUGGCCAUUCAACAUCAUGAAACUGUAAGAAAAUCAAAGUUUAUGUCGGAGACCAAGAAUCUAACCACGUCCCAUGGCAAAACCUCUUCAAAUAUGAGCGGCCUUCAGAACCACAACGGCACCCGCACAGGAUUUCCAGUCGUAAACAGCCUGCAGCGACAGAGAAGACGCCGCCCGAGGGAGAAGCGCCAUAGCUGCCCAGAAUGUGGCAAACGCUUUUCUUACAUAAACAUUCUUGAGAAACACAUGAAAAUGCACACGGGGGAGAAUCCAUUCAUCUGUUCCGACUGUGGUAAAGAAUUCCCAAGCAGAAGCAAGCUUCAAGGACACAGGAGGAUUCACACGAGGGUCAAGCCACAUUGCUGUUAUGAAUGUGGAAAACGAUUCCCAGACAUGAACAGCCUGGAAAGGCAUGCCAUAAUUCACACUGGAAAGAAGCCGUAUUGCUGUUCCGAGUGUGGCAAGCAAUACGCACAAUUAGCUAGCCUUAAGAUACACAUGAGAAUCCACACAGGAGAGAGGCCACAUUGCUGUACGGAAUGCGGGAAAUGUUUUGCCUGUCUAAGCAGCCUUAAUAUACAUAUGAGGACUCACACAGGUGAGAAGCCGCACAGCUGCUCGGAAUGUGGGAAAAGAUUCUCGCAGCUCGUUCACCUUCAAAAUCACAUACGGAUUCACACAGGCGAGAAGCCGCAUUGCUGCACCGAGUGUGGCCGGCGAUUCUCCUGCAAAAGCAGUCAGCAGCGACACAUGAAAAUUCACACUUUAGAGAAGCCGCAUUCUUGUUCCGAGUGUGGCGAGUUAUUCUUGCGACUCAGUGAUCUUCGCAAGCACCUCAGGAUUCAUACCGGAGAGGCUCUUUAUAGCUGUUCUGUGUGUGGGUAUCAGUUCUCGAAAAACAACAGCCUUAAGAGACAUAUGAAAAUCCACACCGGAGAGAAACCACAUGCCUGUUCAGAAUGUGGGAAACAAUUCUCACGUAAGAGCGUGCUUCAGAAACACACUCGGAUCCAUGCUAGAAAAGGUGUCAAGUCCAGUGCUGCCGCUCCUCAAGAGCAGCUUGUAGAUUCGUCAUCAGCUCAAGGUGGUGAAGAAGAUGUCAUGAUAGACUGUGGGGAUUUUCUAUAACAAUCUGAAGAGAGGGUCCAGAAUUGAUAUGUAUACACUGUACAGCAGGAGACCUUCAUUCCUUAGAAAUCCAUUUCUUUGACUGUAGUAUGGUUCAUACCAAGACAUUGUUUACCCUUUGGAUUUAGUAAUAAAAGAAAGUGGUACAAUAAAACAAAAAUGAAGUUAGCUUGUUUUAAUGCUGAUGCUUUCCAAUAAACAGUGGAAUUGUUGUAA